UGGAGUAUUAAUUAAACAAUCAUUAAAAUGUCGAAAGUAAAAACAAACGAUGGUGAUAGCGCCCAAGAUGAGAAAAUAUUAAUGCCAUACACAUACAUCCAACAAGUACCAGGCAAGCAGAUAAGACAGAAGCUUGCUUCCGCAUUCAACUACUGGCUGAAGAUCUCUGAUGAGAAGCUGCGAGCUGUGGGAGAGAUUGUGCAAAUGCUUCACAACUCCAGCUUACUGAUUGACGACAUUCAAGACAACUCGAUCCUCCGGCGCGGUAUCCCGGUGGCGCACUCCAUCUAUGGGGUGGCCAGCACCAUCAACGCGGCGAACUACACCAUGAUUGUAGCCCUACAGAAGACACAAGAGCUAGGACAUCCUAUGGCGACCACAGUGUACACAGAGCAACUGCUAGAGUUGCACCGAGGGCAGGGCAUCGAGAUAUACUGGCGAGACAACUUCCAGUGCCCCUCCGAGGAGGAGUACAAGGAGAUGACCAUCAAAAAGACGGGCGGUCUGUUCAUGUUGGCUAUCCGUCUGAUGCAGUUGUUCAGUGACAAUAAGUCUGACUUCAGCAAGCUCUCCGCCAUCCUCGGACUGUACUUCCAGAUCAGGGACGAUUACUGCAACCUAAGGCUGCAGGAGUACACCGAGAACAAGAGUUACUGCGAGGACCUGACGGAGGGCAAGUUCAGCUUCCCCAUCAUACACGCCAUACGCAACCCUGAGGGGGACAACCAAGUGCUUCGUAUCCUUUACAAUAUACAAAACUUAUCAUUUUCGAACAAAAAUCAAAUUACUUUUGACGUCCAUUACCCUCCGAUUGGGCCGGAAGACAUCCUUCGGCAGCGCACCCGUGACUUGGAGGUGAAGCGAUACUGUAUCACUAUACUCGAGCGACUCGGCAGCUUCGCAUACACACGGAAGACAUUGCACGGACUCGACGAGGAGGCCAGGAGAGAGGUGGCCAGAUUAGGCGGCAACCCUCAUUUAGAAGCUCUCCUAGAUGACCUGCUCAGCUGGCGACGAGAGAUGCCACUCGAAAAACUAGACAACAACGUUUAAACCAGGGUACGAAGUGCGAGAUAUCUUUACGCUAACGUGUUAGCUCUAUGAUUGGUGGGCUACUUUGAGCUGACCAAUCAGGGCUCCGAACGUCAUGAACGAUCGCGUUAACGUCAAAUACACUCACACUAAGCACUCAGUAGGUUAACUUGUGCAUGCCAUUACGAUUGAACGUACUUAUAAAUAGAUUUAAA